CUUUUACAUUUUUUCUUUUAAUAUUACUAUAUGGUGGCAUUUCUUUUAAAAGCAUAUCAACCAUUGAUCCAACUGUGUCUAUGUUAUCUAAACAAUUUAGACCACCAAUGCUUCACUUUUGUCAGCGAAAAAUUGAACAAUUUCAGGAGCUGAGUAGGCAAUAUUGGUACAAAACUGAACGAUAGCAAUAGAAUUUUAAAAAAUAAAUUUGUUGGUGUUGGGUAGGCAACAUAUUAAACAAAUUGCAGUACAAUUACAGGAGUUGAAUAAGGCACAUUAUGUAAAAAAAUUGGGAAGCACUGGGCCUUCUUAUCAAAUAUUGCUAACGGAACAUACGUGAACGUAGUCAAAUCUCAUUUAACUAACCGACUACAAAACCGUGACCGAAUUUCUUUAUUUGUUUAUUUUGGUGAUUUCAAAUUUUGACUGACUUACCAGCGAUUUAUAUAAAAUUAAAAUUUGUUUAUAUUAAAGUAAAUUGAAAACAUGUUGUCAAUACUCAAUUCUUACGAAACUAAACAUAAACGACAAAUUCUUUCCGCAGACAUUGAUUACUACAAUAGAUACGUAUGUACUAGUUCUGCUGAUGGAGUUAUUCAUAUGGUUGACACUCUUGGAUCUAAACAUCACUCUUUAGUAGAGUUAAAGGAACAUAUUGGUCCAGUAUGGCAAGUUAUGUUUUCCCAUCCUAAAUUUGGAUAUUUAGCCUCGUGUGGAUCUGACGGUAAAUUAAUAUUACAUAAAAUGAAAAAACUUGAUCAGUGGUAUGUUGUUUACAAAUAUGAUAGACAUAAAUUACCAACAACUUCUAUUGAUUGGGCUCCAUACAAAACUGGAGCUAUCAUAGCUUGUUCGAGUAGUGAUGGUACUAUUUCAAUACAUACUUUAUAUAGUAAUGAAUGGUCUGUGUCAAAAAUUCCUAAUGCUCAUUUAAAUGGUGUUAAUUGCAUCAGUUGGGCACCUUACUUAAUAAACAAUCAACUGGUAUUAGUUAGUGGAGGAAAUGACACGAAGAUAAAACUGUGGAUAGAACAAAAGUCUGUAUGGUAUGUCAUGUAUGAAUCAGAUAGCCAGUUAGCUAAUAUUAAAGACAUUAGUUGGUGUCCGACUCCUGGUCUACAAAAAUAUAUCAUAGCAAGUUGUACAGUGGAUGGUCAAGUAAUAGUAUGGAGCAGUGAUGAUUUCUACAACUGGACUACCACUGAAAUUGAUGCUACAGAACAAAAUAAAAGUAAGGUUAGUUGGUCUCAAAUUGGAUGCAUAUUAUCUGUUACAAUGAAUAAUGAUGGCAUUAAACUUUGGAAACAAGUUGGUAAACAAAAUUGGAUGUGUUUGGAUAGAAAAGUAACAAGAAAACCACAACCAAGUUUUGAACAUCAAAUCAAACAUUCCAUUAAUACUGAUAUAUUUUCUGGUAUUUUUUAACAUAUAUUAAUUAUAAUUUUAUACAAUUUUAAAUUAAAACUAUUAAUUAAUACAUUUAGUACAAAUGAAAUAUAAAAACAUGUUUCUCUUAAAUGAUAAUUAUUUGUUUCAACUUUUAAGGUUAUUUUUUUAACUACAUUAAUUAUCUAGUUAUUUGUAUCUAUAAUUUAAGUAAUAGAAGCUAAUAAAUAUUUUAAAAAGCAUGA